ACAGUUUAAUAAUUACAAUCUGACAACAUAAAUAUUUUAUAGUUGUCAUGGUCAUAUAAUAUAUUGGUUAAGUCCUUUGUUAACACUGAAAUGUCAAAUCAUUCAAGUGUUUUGAUAAAAAAAAUAAUUCAAAAAUGUUUAUAAUUAGUAAGAAAUUAUAGAGGGAGUAGUAUAUAAAACACCAUAAGAAUCAAACAUUACAACCUGUUUAUGUCGGUACAGUUUCAUUACUUAGAUAUUUUCCCUCGUUUUGUAAGAAGACAGAGUUCAAAAUGAUGAAGAAGAAACUCAACAACUAUGGUGGUAGUAGUAGUAGUAGAACAAGAGAAGAAGAAAAAUCUGAAUGGGAAAUGAGACCCGGUGGAAUGUUGGUUCAGAAAAGAACCGGCACACCUGACACUCCAGUAGCCUUGCGCCUUCGAAUCGCCUACGGUGCACUCCGUUACGAUAUCUACGUCAGUUCCAUGGCCACAUUCGGGGAAGUGAAGAAGGUGAUGAGCGACGAAACCGGAUUGAAGGUAGAAGAGCAGAGAGUUAUAUACAGAGGAAAAGAGCGGGAAAACGGAGAGUAUUUGGAUGUGUGUGGAGUCAAAGAUCGAUCCAAGUUGGUCUUGAUUCAAGAUGCUUCAAGUAUUGAGCGGCGAUACAUUCAGAUGCGUAUCAAUGCUAAGAUCAAAACUGCAAAUCGCUCUAUCAAUAAUGUAUCUCUUGAACUUGAUCAGCUAACUGAUCAGGUCUCUGCAAUUGAAAAGUCGAUUUCGAAUGGAGUUAAAGUACCAGAAGUUCAGAUCAUAACAUUGAUUGAGAUGCUUAUGAGACAAGCAAUAAAAUUAGAAAGCAUUUCAGCUGAAGGAGAUGCUGCUUCACAGAAGAUUUUGCAGGGAAAGAGAGUGCAAAAAAGUGUUGAAACUUUGGAUCUACUAAAGACAUCUAAUGCAACAAUAAAGCCUGUUGUUGUUACAACCAAGUGGGAAUCAUUUUGAUUGAAUAUUCCUUCCUUUUUUCCCUUUUUUAUUAGUACUUCAAUAUUCAUUGUGUAUUGUGUGUAUAGUACUUAUAACCUUUUUAUUUCUGAACUAUGUCAAUGUUUGCUAUGAUGAUACUACACAACUAUUUUUGUGUGGUAAAAAUGAUACUUGUAUUGUAUGUCUUCAAUUGCAAUUACUUCAUAGAAGUAAAAAUUGUUGGUAUAUUUCAUCAAAAAAAUGUUCAUAUAUGCAGCCAUAA